AUGAGUGAUCUAUCCGCUGGUGGCCAAGAAGUGGAUAUGCCGCCAGAUAUACUGCUGAAGCUGGAUCUGACAUUAGGGCAAGGUUCUCAGAUGUCAAAACAGGUUCUGGAAGCGGCAGAUAAUAUGUCAACCGCAUCGUCUUCGGAUUCGCUGGAUUUUCUACUGGAAAGACAACGGCAGCGGCAGCUAAAUCAUCCAAUGCAUCAGAGUCAUAUAUCUACACCUCUACUGAAUUCCACACGACCCAAGGUUAAAGAGACCACCAAGAUUUCGCUAGAGUACGACCCUAUCUCCAAACGCAAAGUUCUGAAUACUUACGAAAUUAUUGGUGAACUAGGUCAUGGGCAGCACGGAAAGGUAAAACUUGCCAGAGAUCUAGUGACCAAGCAGCUGGUAGCUAUCAAAAUAGUAAACCGUAAUGGAAGCAAGAAGGACCGCUUCAGUUUCAAGACUAACAACGGUGGAGAUGACAACAGAAUUAAACGGGAAGUGGCAAUUAUGAAAAAAUGCCAUCAUAAACAUGUGGUCAAACUGAUCGAAGUGCUCGAUGACUCAACCUCUCGGAAAAUAUACUUGGUUCUAGAAUACUGUUCCGCUGGAGAAGUUAAGUGGUGCCCGGGUGAUCAACUCGAAACUGAGGCUCAAGGUCCUCCGCUGCUCACUUUUCAGAGGGCUCGUGAAAUUUUCCGGGGUGUCAUUUUGGGUCUAGAAUAUUUGCAUUACCAGGGGAUCAUACACCGAGAUAUCAAGCCUGCUAAUCUCCUGAUCUCUGAGUCUGGUGUUGUGAAAAUAUCAGAUUUCGGUGUUUCUUUCGCCGCCAGCAAAGAUGUAGACGGUAGCGAAGUACUGGAUGAAUUAGAACUCGCGAAAACGGCUGGGACCCCGUCCUUUUUUGCCCCGGAAAUCUGUUUAGGACAUGAAGCGUCUACGAGGUUUUGUUCAGACACUAAAAACUCUCCAAAAGGCUCCAUUAUUUCCAAUAAGAUUGAUAUAUGGGCUGUUGGGGUGACGCUAUACUGCCUUUUAUUUGGAAUGUUACCGUUUCGCGCGGAAUUUGAGCUGGAACUUUUCGAUAAGAUCAUAAAUGAUACACUGCCACUUAAAAACUACGAUGAGAUGGCUGAGCAAAAAGUAUCCGCCAUAUCUAGUGAAAAAGAGUAUGAAGCAGCCAAGGAUUUGCUGCAAAAACUACUCGCCAAGAAUCCUUUCGAAAGGCUAAGCAUAAUGGACAUCAAGAAACACCCUUUUGUGUGUUGGGAUUUUCAACACGACAUUGAUAACAGCAGUACCGCGCUUCGGAAGGCCGAAGAAAGUUUCGCUUUCCAACGAUCACAGGAGGAGGAAUAUCAGCAAAUUUCAAUCUCCUCUCAUGAAUUAGACAACGCAGUUUGCGGCAUAGGAAAUAAGCUCAGGCGUUCUAUGCGCCCCACCUCAGAGACGCCAAGGACAGGUGAAGAAUAUUCUCGCCCAGUUGCCGCACUCAACAAAGAUACUAAUGAAAUUAACGAUAAUGACCAAAUUAAUGACGGACUAGAGGGCCUAAGCCGCUUCUCAAAUCUGAACAUCGAAGCUAAUGACAGUGCGCGGACAAGCAAUGGGAAUCUCAUUUUAAGCGAAGGUCCAUUAGUUGCACGAGAAGACAGCAUGGAUAGCUCCGGCGAGCUUAGUGCGAAAGAAAUAUUUCAACAGGAGUUAGAGAGAUUUGACAAGAAAAGGGACCCUGAUUCCAUCGUUUCACUACCUGUAAACUCAUCUUUCGCCUCUCUGGAUAGUUUUUAUCUAGAUACGUUUGCGGGGAAGCAACCAGCGUCGGAAGGUAGAUCUUUUGCAUACCCGUCUACCAAUGAGAAGGCGACAACAAUAUUCGCUCGCCCUCCGCAAGCUCUUUUGAACUCGAAAAGCUCACAGGACCGUAAGGCAUCGUAUGGUUUUAAUCACAGUGCUACUUGCAGAGAUCCCUUCAACUCGAGAUACCGCAAUCCGUUUGCUAGAAAUCCGAGACCUGAUGGAGAGUCUCGGAACCAAGUCCAUCAAAGUCCAGCUAGUAAUAAGCGGCUAAUGCAUGGCACUUCCUCGGAUAUUUCUAGAGUGAGGUACACGCCUUGGAGCGUUACAAAUGCAAGUAGUACACAACAUUCGCAUCAAGAUCAAGACAACACAAAUACGAAAUAUUCGGGUGACAGGGUACAUCUCGAGCAAGACACGCGAAGUAGUGACAAUCAUGGUUCAAAACAAUCGAGAAUUGCUAGUGAGAAGCGAGGAAACUUUUUCUCAAGUUAUGACGGGAGCGACGAAGAAGACAGUCAGUCGACAACUACCAGUGGGACUUCGACCUCGCAGAACGACGACCCAUCUGAUGAAUACCGCUCAGAGACAGAAUCACUGCCAUAUGAGUUUCGUAUUGAUUCUGAACAUGGCAGUCAAAUAUCGCUUCGGGAUCUACCAGCAAACAAUACAACGCUUUCCAGCCAAGGACAUAGAAUGGGUAGGCAUGAUGAGCUAAUGGGAGGUGAUGAGGAGGAUAACGAGCUCACAAUAAACGUCGGACCGGCAGGAUACAAUCGCCGCCAAGGAUCCGUAUCUAGUUCAGCGAGUUCUCAAAGAUUCAGACGUUCUCGACGGCCAUCUAUCGGUCACUCUGUCGCUCCAAGCUCGCCUUCCUCAAAACCGACCUUUCGAACAAGGAUGUUUGACUCAGCUUCAACAUUGGAUCAUGGAUCGGCAGCCAGUGCCUCAACUCUGACUGCCGGGAAUAACGCAGGUCCUUACGACACUGUCAUAAAUGUCAAUCCGGAACCUGCAGAAUUCGCCCCAGAUGCUGAAGGCUUCAUUUUAGGAGAAGCUUUUAAUGGAAGUGUGAACAUUCCACCCGAUGUCCUGAAUAUGAUUCCUGAAUUGGCUGUUUCAGCUAACUCAAGUUUGUCGAACGAAAAAAAUGCCAACGAAGGCGGUAAUGCACUGUGGAAAAAAGCACAUUCAAAAGGGUCGGGCCCAAACUCGCUCCGGUUCGGGAAUAGAGCACCUUUGGCUUCUACGCAAGAAUUAAGCGUCAAUCCUGUUCUCAACACUCAGUUGCAACGCGAUCGUACUCGCGUUACAUCGAAGGAUUUACUUCAAAGUGUCUUGACAUCUGCGGGAUCCAGUAGGAGACCUUCUAUAUCGCCAAUGCCACGCCACCUCCCUAAGCAAGAAAGUCCUCAUGAAUCUUACGUCAAUCAUUAUGAGGGAAAGCGAGAGACAAAGUAUUCAUCCAAGACACAAAUGAGAAGGAGGCCAGAAAAGAAUAGGGGCUUGGAAGGCCGUUACAGAUCGAAAUCCGUGAGUGUUGGACUUUUAGACGAUCGUAGGCCGUCAGAUCAAUUCACCUCCUAA